AUGAUCAUCGGGCCCAACGGAACUGGGAAAAGUACCCUAGUUUGCGCCAUCGUACUUGGUCUAGGAUUUGCUCCCAGCGUUUUGGACAGGGCAUCGGAAGUUAAACUGUUUAUCAAAUCAGGCACCGAGGAAGGAUCUGUUGAAAUCGAACUGAAAGGCCACCCUGGAAAGAAGAAUUAUACAAUCAAACUCAACCUUAUCCUAGCCAACAACAGCCGAGUCUUUGAGGUAAAUGGAAAAAGGACUACGAUCGCCCAAGUCCAAGAAAUUGUACAAUCGUUUAACAUCCAAGCAAAUAAUUUGUGCUGUUUCUUACCUCAAGAGAAGGUCUCCAAAUUCGCAGAAAUGAAGGAGCCUGAGCUAUUGAGAGAAACUCAGAAGGUUGCCGGUCAUCCCAAGUUGUACCAAUGGCAUGAGCUUCUAAUCGAAGACGGAAAGAGCAAACUCGAAGUUGACGCCAAGCUGGCGAUUGCCCAAAGAGCUUACAAAGAUACUGAGAAAUCAGUCGAGAGUCUACGAAUUGAAGUCGAACGAUUCAAGGAAAGGAAGGCAAUCGAGGAUGAGAUCGAGGCUUGCCAACUUGGCUUGGAACAAAAUAAGUAUCAGCGACAAAAGCUAGAACACGAUACCGCCAAAGCCCAACAAGCUGAAGCCAAGGAGAUGAUUGCCAACCUGGAGGCGGAGAAUGCACCGCUGAAUGAUCAGAAGAGGCACUUUAAACAACUCGCAGACCAAUUUGAUGCAUGCAAGAAAAAGGUCUCAUCAGCCUCUACGCAGUGUAAAACAGCUCUGUCCAAAUUGGACUCAUCUUUCAAGUCUACCAAACGUCAGCUAGAAGAAGCCUCCGAACAACUAAUUGCCUUGAAGCAUGACGAACAAAAGCGAAAAGACACGAAAUCGAAGUUGCAAGCAGAGAUUGACAAUCUAGCUAAGAAAAUCGCGAAUCCCGUCCCAGAGCCGGAUCAUACACCCUAUCAGGAGGAACUGGUACUUGUUUCUAGGUAUAAAACAACAAGAAAUUGUAUGCUUGCUGACGUCAUGUACCUUUGCAAAUUCCAGCAAUCGUUAUCGACUCGCAUCCGUCAGAUCUCGAAUGAUAUUACUACGUUUCAUGCCCAACAGAAAGAAACCUAUGAAGAGCGUCGCAGAUUAAUUGAACAACAAAAUAACAUUCAGCGAGAAAUAAAAAACAUGGAGAGCGUAACGGGAAGGAAAGAAGCAGACCUAAAGAAAUUCGCCCCCAACGUCUUCGCAGCGCUUCAGAUCAUGCGACAAUUCAGGGACGAAGGCAGAUUUCGUGGGAAGGCCUUUGAGCCUGUUCGACUCGAAAUCUCACCCAAGCAUCCGUCUUUUGAUCGGGCUGUCGAGGCCUGCUUGAAUCGGGACUUAUUAAAUACUUUCAUUUUCACCGACCCCCAUGAUUAUGAAUUGAUGGCCGAAAGAUGCAAUGACCAUGAGAAGCUUCGUGUCAAUCUUGCAUGCAUGAGAGCUGGCGAUUCAUUGUCCAACUAUCAGCACCCAAUACCCCUAGAUAGACUCAAGCAAUUGGGGUUUGACGACUACAUUAUCAACCUCAUCAAUGGCCCCGAUGAAGUACUUGCUCACAUUUGCAAUCAAAGUCGACUUAACAUGGUGCCCGUUGUACACAACCCUCGCGCCCAGCUAGAUGAAACUAGAUUUUAUGAUCGCAAUUUUCCAAUCAAAAGUUGGAUUCGGGGCACUACUCGUUACAACAUCAGUUAUUCGUCCUAUGGGUCUAGGGAAAUGAUCAUCAAGUCAAUGGAGUUACAAAUGCCAAAGAUCCUCAAUGUUGCAGGCGUGGAUAACGGAGUUGUGCAAGAAAAGAAGCAUGCCCUUCAGAGCCUUGAGGAAGCCGCAUCUGAAAAGGAAGAAGCAGUAUCCAAGCUCAGAGCUGAAGAAACGGCUCUUAGGAAUGAACACGAGACCCUUGCACGGCGCAAGAAAGAGGUUGAUGCCGCCUGGACGGAAGCAAAAGCGCCACACCUCGAGUAUCACAAAUACGUUGUAUUACAUAAAUCCAAGGUCGCUGCCCUUGAGAAAGAGAACGCCAAGCCCACGCUGGAUCAAGAGCGAGGUAGGCGAAAAGCAGCACUAUUUGAAGCCUCGAAGGCGCAUGGGAACGUCGUUGUGAAGAUGAAAAACUUGGCCAGUCAACUGUCACGUCUGAGUACCACUCUUAUCACAUUAAACCUACGGAUUCUGCAACAUUCUACAGACCAGAAGGCAUUCGAAGAGAUAUUCAACAGUAGAAAUCACGAACUGACGGAGGCCAAAGUGGCUUAUGAAGAGAAUGAAGCCAACGUGAAAGCACUCUAUAAGCAAGCCAAAGAUACUGCCAGGGAAUUCAGCAAAAUGGUCCAAGGAGCUUCUGAAGAUGUUAGGGAAAGGUUAACAAGUCUGAGCCAUCACCUAAACACCGCAAAAGACUCACGGAAAGAAGAAGGUAUCGAUGGAGAGGAUGCGAUAGAGAAACAACAGGAGCACAUCCAAGGGCUUUUAUCUGCUGCUCAAAUGUCUCUCGAAGGCAUUCAUCCCGUCGAUGUUAGCAUUAUGGAACGUUAUGGCCGUUUCACUGCGCAGCUGAAAAAGGAGAAGAAAGAGUUCGAGGGUCUGGAGAGGGAAGCUCAACAUUGCCAAAGCAAAAUCACAAAGACCUAUGACCAAUGGCGACCACGACUUGAUGAGCUGAUCGAAAGCAUUGAUGAGAAAUUUGAUGCGGCCUUUAAACGCAUGGGAUGUCUAGGCCAUAUAGUGAUUGUAGAGGAUCCCGAUUACGAAAAAUGGGGCAUUGAAGUCCAAGUCUCUUUCCGUGAUAAUGAGCCGUUAGUUAGAUUAGACCCUCAUAGACAAUCCGGCGGGGAACGAUCUUUGUCAACGAUCAUGUACUUGAUGUCGUUGACGGAACUCAGCAAGUCACCCUUUUCGCUCGUUGAUGAGAUCAACCAAGGCAUGGACCGUCGAGCCGAACGACUCGUUCAUGAUCAAUUGGUCGAAACUACGUGCAAGGAAUCAGCCUCCCAAUAUUUCCUAAUUACGCCUAAACUGCUUUUCGGGCUCAAAUAUCACCCAAUGAUGCGAGUCUUGUGUGUCAAUAACGGAGAUUGGAUCCCACCUGAUUUCAAAUUUGGGUAUUGGUUAGACAAAGCUAAGGCUCGGAGAAUCGCUGCCCACUAA